CAUAAAUUAAGAGGGAAGUUCAGUAGAGCAUUCUGUUCCUCCUGCAGAGGGUCAUGUUGGGAGACUUACCGAUUGAGACUCAUAGAAAGAACGCACAACCAGGAAGUCAGGUGGAACGCCCAACCAGGAAGUCAAGUGAAACGCACAACCAGAAAGUCAGGUAUACUGUGAGGAAUGUGAAAGUGAAUGCCUGUCAGAAACGUUGUGUGGAGAAGAGACCUGCCAACAUAAAAGCAUCCUAUGUAGACCAUUCGACAGAGUUCAUGAAAAUGGACAGGAAGCGGAGUCACAUGACUGAGACUAUAUUAAAUCUGACCCUGAAGAUAAUCCACCUUCUUACUGGAAAGGAUUACGUUGCUGAGAAGGAGUGCUGUGUGUGUGCAGCAUCCAGCAGCAGCCGCCCCAGUGUGUCAGGAGGACAGACAAGGACCCAGAGCCCCAUCACGGAGCCCCCACCUCACUCGCUAAUACAUGAGAGAGACAAAGAGCAGAAGAUCCUGGAACUCACCAACAAGAUCAUUCAGCUGCUGACUGGAGAGGUUCCUAUAAGAUGUCAGGAUGUCACUAUCUAUCUCUCCAUGGAGGAGUGGGAGUAUGUAGAGGGACACAAGGAUCUGUACGAGGACGUCUUGGAGAAUUACUGCCCAAACACAUCACUGGGUUUACACCAAGUUGAAGACCCGUCAAGAGUGUUUUGCACCAGUGAUUCUUUAUUGGAGUGCACAUGUGAAGAUGACAGUGCCAUUGCAGUAUCCCCAGCAUCUGGCGCAAAUACAACCAGUCUUUUGAAAAAUAUGAAUGAGGAAUUCGCUAAUGCACCCAAGGAUAAUACACGAUCUCCACCCACUCGUACGUUGGAUAAAUCAGUCUCUUGUGGUGGAGUAACCCUUACGGACACUGACACAAACAAACCCACAGAUCGUAGACGAUAUACGUCUACUCCUGUUAAGGAGGCAACAGUCUCAUGUGAUGGAGGAAAUCUUACAGACAGCACUAUAUAUACACCCCCAGAUCAGAAACAAUAUAUAUCUACACCUAUUAAGGAGAAAUCAGUCUUACGUAAAAGAGACUCCAAAUAUAUUCGUACACCCACAGAUAACCCCCCGUAUACACCUGUCCCUGUUAAUGAGGAAUUGAUGCAAUAUGAAGAAGGACCUAUCACAGGCACCGGAAGUUACACACCCGCAGAUUGUAGACAGACACAAUGCACCAUCACUGGGGAACCAUAUAACUGGACUGCUAAUGCAAAGGCAAAAUAUAAUGCUGUCCUAGAAAAGUCUAAAAGUAAUAUUAACAGACCAUAUAAUAAAACAGGGUAUCUGUGCCUCGAUACACCGCAGAGCACAGACAAGACAUACGUCUGUUCAAAGUGUGGGCAGCAGUUCACCAGUGAGUCAGAACUUACUAAGCAUCAGACUGUCCAUAUGCAGCCUGGAUCCUUUAUCUGCCCUGAAUACGGGAAGUCUGUCACUGCUCGGCCAAACCUGGUCCCACCUCCAGAAAGUCAACUGGCAGCAAAAUCGGUCCCGCAUGAUAACAGGAGAAUGCCGUCUAGCCAUAAAUCUGUGCCGAGUUCACGCGAGACUGCAGAUAAGCCAUUUAAAUGCCAGCAAUGUGGAGAAGGUUUUAUAAGCAAAUUCGAGCUUGUUACGCACCGGGUAGUCCACAUCAGGCGGCCGUACGCAUGCCCUGAUUGUGGGAGGCGGUUCUUUAGCCGUACCGGCCUCGCUACGCAUCAGAAGACUCACACAGGUCAGAAACUGUUUGUGUGUCCCACAUGCAGGAAGAGUUUCAUUACAAAAGCUCACCUCCUGUUGCAUCAGGAAAUCCAUGAUGGAAGGAAGUCGGAUGCAUGCUCUGAGAACGGAACGUUUGUUGGCGAUGACCCGAGUGUUGGCAAAGGUCAGGGCGUUAACACCGAAGAGAAGUCUUUCUCCUGCCCGGAAUGUGGGGAACAAUUCUAUAGCAGCGAGCAUUUCCUGCAGCAUCAGAGCAGACACUUCAGCAACAGUCCGUUUAUUUGCUCUGACUGUGGAAAGUGUUUUAGAAGGAAAGCAGGCCUUGCUAAACAUAAGAGGGUCAUCCACCAAGGAGACGUCAUGUUUAAUUGUUUUGGGUGUGGGAAAGGCUUUGCUUGUAAGUCAGAGCUCGUCAGACAUGUGACGGUGCACACUGGAGAGAAACCAUUUUCCUGUGCUGUUUGUAGGAAAUGUUUCUCAUUUAAGUCCGCCCUGGUUAGGCAUCAAAGGAUUCACAACGGAGAUAGGCCGCAUUCAUGCGUCGAAUGUGGCAAAGGAUUUUCCUGCAACUCGGACCUCCUUAGACACCAGUCCGUCCACCAAAGAAGCUUCAGUGGUAACUUACAGUAUGUUCCGUAAAAGCCAAUUUCCGCAGGAGAUGACCAAAUUUGAUGGUCCUUAAGGUAUGCAGUCAGUAUGUUAGCAGCCACUAGAUCCUGGACCUUGUUACUGUUGACAUAACGUACCCAUUCCUUCUUAUAUGAAGUUUAUGCAAAAGGAAAGAGUGUUACAAGAUAAGUUAUUUCUAAAAAAAAUUAAAAAAAAAAUUAUUUUAUGAAUUUAUACCUCAUUUUUUCAUGAUAGCAAUCUCUAACAAUUAGACUGGCAUGAGCUGACCUAGUUGGGUAUAUUUUGUUGACAUUUGUCUUGUCGACACAGAUGAAAUGUUGACAUAAUUAGAAGGUCUACAAAAUAUUCCUUGUUGGUCCAGCGGUUGCUUAACUUGUUUGGUGGGUCCAGCGUUAUCUUCCGGGGUCCGGCAGUCAUCUGACUGCGUUCUAGCUGAUCCUGCGGCUCCUCCUGCAGUGACUAAUGUCCCUAACCCUCCCGUUAGUGCCUAAUCCUAGUCCUUCCGUCCCUCAGCCUAACCUUUGGCUAUCUGAGAAUGUCGCCAUUUCAGACGUCGACACUGAAAGAUCAGGUCGUCACUUUCUUUCAAGUAGCAUCCUUUGGGUCAGUAGAGACUACUCGAUGUAAUUUGCCACAAUUCUUAUACCCUCUAAAGCUACAGUGUAUAAACUAACUCAGGGUUACUCAUUAAAAUAAAAUGGACCUAAACACCAGUUGUUUAAUGUGGUGCUGAAAAAUAAAGGUGUGGAUAUUUGAAUAUGGUUUGAA